AGCGCGGGGCGCGCCGCUCGGGGCGGCGUCGCAGGGUUGGGCUGGCGCGGCCUGGGGACCCCGGGCUCUGGAGGCCAUGCCGGCGUUGGCGCGCCGCGGCGGCCGGCUGCCGCUGCUCGCUAUUUUCUCCAUAAUGAUAUUUGAGACUAUUACCAAUCAAGAUCUGCCUGUGAUUAAAUGUGUUUUAAUCACUCAUAAGAACAAUGAUUCAUCUGUUGAGAAGUCGUCAGAGUAUCCCAUGGUACCAGAAUCCCCAGAAGACCUGGGGUGUACCUUGAGGCCUGAGAGGACAGGGGCAGUGUAUGAAGCUGCUACCGUGGAAGUAGAUGUAUCUUCAUCCAUCACGCUGCAAGUGUUGGUCAACAUCCCGGGGAACAUUUCCUGUCUCUGGGUCUUUAAACACAAUUCCCUGAAUUGCCAGCCACACUUUGAUUUACACAACAGAGGAGUUAUUUCCAUGGUCAUUGUGAAAAUGACAGAGACCCAAGCUGGAGAAUACCUACUUUUUAUUCAGAGUGAAGCUACCAAUUACACAAUAUUGUUUACAGUGAGUAUAAGAAAUACACUGCUUUACACAUUAAGAAGACCUUACUUUAGAAAAAUGGAAAAUCAGGAUGCCCUGGUCUGUAUAUCUGAAAGUGUUCCAGAACCGAUCGUGGAAUGGGUGUUCUGUGAUUCGCAGGGUGAAAGCUGUCAAGAAGAAAGUCCAGCAGUUGUUAAAAAAGAGGAAAAGGUACUUCAUGAAUUAUUUGGAACAGAUAUAAGGUGUUGUGCAAGAAAUGAACUGGGCAGAGAAUGUACCAAGCUGUUCACAAUAGAUUUAAAUCAAACUCCUCAGACCACGCUUCCCCAGUUAUUCCUGAAAGUGGGGGAACCCUUAUGGAUAAGGUGCAAAGCCAUUCAUGUGAACCACGGAUUUGGGCUCACCUGGGAAUUAGAAAACAAAGUCCUCGAGGAGGGCAGCUACUUUGAGAUGAGUACCUAUUCAAGAAACAGAACGAUGAUACGGAUUCUGUUUGCCUUUGUAUCAUCAGUGGGAAGAAACGACACUGGAUAUUACACUUGUUCCUCCUCGGAGCAUCCCAGUCAGUCAGCUUUGGUUACCAUCCUGGAAAAGGGAUUUAUAAAUGCUACCAAUUCAAGUGAAGAUUAUGAAAUUGAUCAAUAUGAAGACUUUUGCUUUUCUGUCAGGUUUAAAGCAUACCCACAAAUCCGAUGUACAUGGACCUUCUCUCGAAAAUCAUUUCCAUGUGAACAAAGGGGUCUGGAAGAUGGAUACAGCAUAUCUAAGUUUUGCAACCAUAAACACCAACCAGGAGAAUAUAUAUUCCACGCAGAAAAUGAUGAUGCUCAGUUCACCAAAAUGUUUACGCUGAAUAUAAGAAGGAAACCUCAAGUGCUAGCUGAAACAUCAGCUAGUCAGGCGUCUUGCUCUUCGGAUGGAUAUCCAUUACCCUCUUGGACGUGGAAGAAGUGUUUGGACAAGUCUCCCAACUGCACUGAAGAAAUCACAGAAGGAAUUUGGAAUAAAAAGGCUAACAGGAAAGUGUUUGGACAGUGGAUAUCCAGCAGUACCCUAAACAUGAGUGAGGCUGUAAAAGGGUUCCUGGUCAAGUGCUGUGCGUACAAUUCCAUGGGCACAUCUUGUGAAACAAUCCUUUUAAACUCACCAGGCCCCUUCCCCUUCAUCCAGGACAACAUCUCAUUCUAUGCAACGAUUGGGCUUUGUCUCCCCUUCAUUGCCGUUCUAACCAUAUUAAUUUGUCACAAGUACAAAAAGCAAUUUAGGUAUGAAAGCCAGCUGCAAAUGGUACAGGUGACCGGCUCAUUGGACAAUGAGUAUUUCUACAUUGAUUUCAGAGAAUAUGAGUAUGACCUCAAAUGGGAGUUUCCAAGAGAAAACUUAGAGUUUGGGAAGGUACUAGGAUCCGGUGCUUUUGGGAAAGUGAUGAAUGCCACAGCUUAUGGAAUUAGUAAAACAGGAGUCUCAAUCCAAGUUGCAGUCAAAAUGCUGAAAGAAAAGGCUGACAGCUCUGAAAAAGAGGCACUCAUGUCAGAACUCAAAAUGAUGACUCACUUGGGACAUCAUGAGAACAUUGUGAAUCUGCUGGGGGCAUGUACACUGUCAGGACCAAUUUACUUGAUUUUUGAAUACUGUUGCUAUGGUGAUCUCCUCAACUAUCUAAGAAAUAAAAGAGAAAAAUUCCAUAGGACAUGGACAGAGAUUUUCAAGGAACACAAUUUCAGUUUUUAUCCCACUUUCCAAUCACAUCCAAAUUCCAGUAUGCCUGGUUCAAGAGAAGUUCAGAUACACCAGGACUCGGAUCAGGUCUCAGGAUUCAAUGGAAAUUCAAUUCAUUCUGAAGAUGAAGUUGAAUAUGAAAACCAGAAAAGACUGGAAGAAGAGGAGGACUUGAAUGUGCUUACAUUUGAAGAUCUUCUUUGCUUUGCGUAUCAAGUUGCCAAAGGAAUGGAAUUCCUAGAAUUUAAGUCGUGUGUUCACCGCGACCUGGCAGCCAGGAACGUGCUCGUCACCCAUGGGAAGGUGGUGAAGAUUUGUGAUUUUGGAUUGGCUCGAGAUAUCCUGAGCGAUUCCAACUACGUCGUCAGGGGCAAUGCCCGUCUGCCUGUAAAGUGGAUGGCUCCUGAAAGCUUGUUUGAAGGGAUCUACACAAUUAAGAGUGAUGUCUGGUCGUACGGAAUAUUACUCUGGGAAAUAUUCUCACUUGGUGUGAAUCCUUACCCUGGCAUUCCGGUUGAUGCUAACUUCUAUAAACUCAUUCAGAGUGGAUUUAAAAUGGACCAGCCAUUUUAUGCUACAGAAGAAAUAUACUUUAUAAUGCAAUCCUGCUGGGCUUUUGACUCGAGGAAGCGGCCGUCCUUCCCUAACCUGACUUCAUUUUUAGGAUGUCAGCUGGCAGAUGCAGAAGAAGCGGGCUGACUGGGAGCUGAGGUCACUGCUACUGCCCAGCACAGCAAGAGAGGACGAGACCCGGAGGAGCUGGCCAGGGAAAGAUCAAAAUUCAAAAUUCCGAGGACGGUUCCUACUGAAUGUGUAACACGUUUGCACCAUCGUGAAGUUGAAAAAUCAUAAGUGGAAUCUUGUUAUGUUGGGGACACUCUGUGUAAUAAUAUUCCUUGUCGUUCCAUGUUUGAAACGAAGUCCACUAACAGUGGGACUUCUGUCACCAGAUUCACCCCUUUUGGAAAGCAAAUUUCAUUAGCUUAUUUCUGGGGUGGCCCAGAUCCCUGGGGUGCGGAUGCAGCUGGGGAACUGGCUACAGACAGAAGCGGGACAAAACCCUUGGCUGUUGACAGAUUGUACCAGCACUGGUCCCCUGCUUUGAAGACCACGGGGUAAACUGAAAAGACUGCUUCAUUAAUCCUAAAGCUGCCGCUCUCAUGCUGAAUCGUGAUUCACAUGGAGGUAAAUGUGUAACUGGUAUGGUUUUAGGAAACAUGUUUGCAUUUUUAGUUCUAAAGGGAAAUACUGGCAAUCUUUUUUUAAAUUUCUGACCCCUGCCUUUGUUUGUUUUUGUAAUACUCAAUGUUUAUGUACAUCAUAAUUUUUUGUGCAUAUCAAUUGUAAAAAAAAAAAAGUUUUGAUGUGAUGUUUCCAUACAUUUGUAUAACAUGCUUUGAUCAUAUCCACCCUCCCUAUUAUGAUCUAGUCCCCUUCCCUAAUCAUCCUCUUCCUACUUUCACGAUGUCUUUUUAAAAUUUUCCUUCCAGAUUCCACAUAUGAAAUGCAAUACUUGUCUUUGGCUUAUUUUGCUGAACAUGAGGAUCUCCAUUCAUUUUCCUUCAAAUGGUUUGAUAUUGUUCUUCAUGGCUGAUUAGUAUUGCAGAGUGUGUGUGUGUGUGUGUGUGUGUGUGACAUUUUCUUCAUCCAUUCAACUGUUGAUGGCUAUCCAUUCAUCUGGGUAGGCUGAUUCCAUAACUUUGCUAUCAUAAAUAGUACUGCAAUUAACAUGU